CACAACCAAAGAUGUAUGAAUGUCUGCAAAAGUGCUACCUCUUUUGAUUUUAUCUGGCGAAGCUGUCGUCGUAUGACAGUCCCGAGAAAACUGCCAACGUGUGAGGGGACUUCGGUGUCUUAAAGAACGCAAUAUAAAAACAUAGUUUUGGAAGUAUCACCGGUUUAAGAAAAGAGAGCCUCCGGCAUGUCCAUACAGGCAGUACGUGUGUGAAUACCCGGAUGAAACUGGCGGCCAUCUUUACUCCUUUUCCCUGCCGGUUGGGCGGAACACCAUCACUCGACCCAGUGGGUUUUUAGGAACUGCUGACAGAUUAGGCAUCACCCUGCACAUUAUUCGUGACUUGCAACAGUUCCCUACCUACAGCUCUACUCACCAUGGCAGACAGAGAUGAUUACGUUUAUCAGGCUAAACUCGCCGAGCAAGCCGAGCGAUACGACGAGAUGGUGUUGUUCAUGAAGAAUGUGGCUGGCAUGGAUGUGGAGCUCACAGUGGAGGAGAGGAACCUACUAUCAGUGGCUUACAAGAAUGUGAUUGGGGCUAGAAGAGCUUCCUGGAGGAUAAUCAGCAGCAUUGAACAGAGGGACGAGAGCAAGGGUGAAGAGGAGAAACUGAAGAUGGUCAAGGAUUACAGGAAAACGGUUGAGGAAGAGCUCAAGUCUAUAUGUGAUGACAUUUUGGAUGCACUGGAAAGGCACCUUCUCCCCUCUGCUGUUGCUGGAGAGUCAAAGGUCUUCUACAACAAAAUGAAGGGUGACUACUACAGGUACCUGGCAGAGUUUGCCACUAGCAACAGCAGAAAGGAGGCGGCAGAGAACAGCUUAGUGGCCUACAAAAGUGCUUCUGAUCUUGCCAUGGCUGAGCUGCCUCCCACACAUCCCAUUCGCCUUGGACUCGCUCUCAACUUCUCUGUCUUUUAUUAUGAGAUCCUCAACUCACCUGAUCGAGCUUGCAGGUUGGCGAAGGCUGCUUUUGAUGACGCUAUUGCAGAACUGGACUCUCUGAGUGAAGACAGCUACAAAGACUCCACACUCAUCAUGCAGUUGUUACGUGACAACCUAACACUAUGGACUUCAGAUAUGCAGGGAGAAGGAGAGGAAAAGAACCAAGAGACACUGCAAGAUGUUGAGGAUGAAGCACCGUGAGAUUUUGCCACUAUCAGCCAACCAUUCAACACCCCUCAACCAACCAACUCUUCACACUCCUUCCUGUUUUAUUCUCUACCCCAAUGUCCCUUUCCUUGCCUCCUGCUCCUGCUUUCUUCAACCUCUGCUACUCCAGGACCCAGCAGGGCCUUGGAGUUGACAACUUUCUUUUCUUCUUUUUUAUUUUUUGUAUUAGUCCUUAUGUCAUUGUAAACAAUACCACUUAAUUCAGUCAGGAAACACAAUGUUAGAACGAUGAAAAGAAAGCCCCUGUUUUUGUUGGUUUUUCCCUCCUGGUACAUGUGGUUCUGAAGGUGUUCUUUGUUUUCAUUAUUGUAAUUUUGUUUUUGCUUUUCCUCAAUAUUUUUAUCGGUUGCUGGAUGUAUUGAGAAUCUUUCUUAAUGUAAUUACAGAAAUUAACUUUUAUUACUGAAAAUGUUGACUAUUAGUUAAUGGGAGCUAUUUUAUCUCUUGUUUUUAGUGAAAUGUCACGCGAGUCAUUUUAACUUUUAAAUGGGCACUUUGGAGAACUGUAAGUGUCCUUUUUGUGUUGGUAUUUCAGAGAACGUUGGCAAAAUUUGCGAUAUCCAAGGGCAAAGAAGUGCUUUUACACGAUAGUCUUUCUGUUUUGUAGGUGUCUUUGGACUGUACUUUGUGCUAAAAUACUGUAACUGUACACACACGCCUGACAGUUGAGUCAUCAUAAGGGGUUUUGCAGCACCAUAUUUUCUGGACUAUUAAGCGCACCGGGAUAUAAGCUGCGCCCGCUAAAUUUUAGAAGAAAAACAUUUUUCUAUAUUUUAGCCGCACCGGACUAUAAGCCGCAGAUAUGUACGUUGUGAAAUGAGUUACAUACGCACAAAUAUUUUGUAAAUGUUUAUUUACAUACCUAAUUGUUUUCAAACGGUGCAUGUUACACAGUAAAACGGCUGAUCAAGCAAAACAGAAUUCAUCGUCAUGGACCCACAAGCUGCAGAAGCUAGCUCUCCAAUCCAAUUACCAGACUCAAAACCUCCACAGUGACGUUUUUGGUGAAUUUACUGAGACAUUUGUGAAACUGACACCGUAUAAAAAGAAUGCAAUUGUUAGUUAUUAUUAAUUCAGACACUUGUAAACAUGUUAGCAUCUUGGCUAAUGCUAAGGACGCUAGCUUCAUUACAUGACGAUAGCGUGUACAAAUAUGCAUGAGAACACUCAGACAUCUCACACAGGACGGUUUAGUUAGUAUAUGUAGUUUGUUAUAUUGUAAAACUUGCAAACGUUGCUUGGCGUGAUGAAUAAAAAAUCUAUACGUCACUUUGUUCUUCCAGCUGACAGCAUUAAACACAAGGAAAUACUGUAAGAUGUUUACCCCGUAGCACCUGCAGUGAGCAAACUUGUCCAAAAGAUGGCACCAUAACAUAUUUUCUAUGUCUGCUUGAGUUUAAUAAAAACUGUUGAAGACAAAACAUGGCCUUAAGUGAAGAAAAAUCCAUAAAUUAGCUGCACUGUUCUAUAAACUGCAGGGUUCAAAGCGUAGGAAAAUAGUGGCUUAUAGUCCGGAAUUUACAGUAAUUAAAAAAACAAUUGUAAUCCGGGCACUUGUUUGAAAAAUAAGUCAGUUUGGCUCGGCUUCACAGAGAAUGAUCAAAUCGCAAUUCAUUUUUGCUGCUUCUCCCAAACUUUGUACUAGUCUCCUUAUUGAUUUUUCAUUGCAGUUUCCUGUGCUUUUCUUCUUGUUUUGCUGCAGUAUGUGUAACUUGGAGCUGAUUUGUACUACUGGAUAUCUAACUGGAGCCACAGAUAGGGAAUCUGUAUUGUUCUUUCUGAAACACAGCAUGGAAUUAACAUUAAACAAUCUAAAUUAAAAAAAACAAAA